AUGGUAGAACAAACUUUUCAACCAGCACCCAAGUUGGGUUUAUGUGAUUUAAAUCAAAAUAUUAUUGAUGCAGAAUAUGCUAUUAGAGGUGCUAUUCCAACUAGAGCAGAAGAGUUAGAAUUCCAAUUGAGCACAACAACAGAUGGAGAUUUACCAUUCAAUAAUGUGGUCUAUGCAAGUAUUGGUAAUCCACAGCAAUUAGAUCAAAAGCCUUUAACCUUUACAAGACAAGUCAUUUCAAUCUUGCAAUACCCUGAACUUAUAAAAUCCAAAGAUGUUUUAAUUGCGAAUGGUUUAUACAAGAAGGAUGCAUUCGACAGAGCAUGCAAAUUAUUAACACAGAUCGGUAAAUCAGUUGGUGCCUAUACAUGUACCCAAGGUGUCUAUGGUAUUAGAGAAACUGUAGCAAACUCCAUAUUUCGUAGAGAUGGGUUUCCUGCGGAUCCAAAUGAUAUAUUUCUUACAGAUGGAGCAUCAAAAGCCGCCACUUACUUACUUUCAAUUCUUUGCAAAGAUAAAUCUACUGGUAUUUUGGUCCCAAUACCGCAGUAUCCAUUAUACACAGCUUCUAUUACUAUGUAUAAUGCUACUAUGUUACCAUACUAUUUAGAUGAAUCUUCAAAUUGGUCCACCAAUGCAGACGAAAUUGAACAGAUUGUUGUUGAUUCCAUUGCAAAAGGAAUCAAACCUCGUGUCAUUGUUGUUAUUAACCCAGGUAAUCCAACAGGCGCUGUAUUAUCAUUUGAUACCAUAGCUAAAAUAUUUAAGGUGGCUGCAAAAUAUGGUAUUGUAGUCAUUGCAGACGAGGUUUAUCAAAAUAAUAUAUAUUAUGAAGAAGUCCAAUUUUAUUCUAUGAAAAAGGUUUUAAGAACUUUACAAAGAGACGAAACUGGCUAUGAGAACGUUCAGCUGGCUUCUUUACAUUCGACAUCAAAAGGUGUAUUCGGUGAAUGUGGUCAAAGAGGUGGUUAUAUGGAAAUUGUUGGGUUUACUGAUGAAGUCAGACAGGUCAUAACUAAAUUAGCAUCCAUUUCAAUAUGUUCUGUCGUAACAGGUCAAGCUCUUGUGGAUUUAAUGGUGGACCCACCAAAAGAAGGUGAUGAUUCUUACCAAUUAGACAGGACUGAAAGACUAACAAUUCAUAACAACAUGAAAGAACGCGGGUUUUUGCUAUAUGAAAUUUUUUCCAAAUUGGAAGGUAUUAACUGUCAAAAACCACAAGGUGCAAUGUAUUUAUUCCCAACUUUAUUACUACCUAAAAAGGCAUUGGAAGAAGCAAAAAAAUUGAAUCUGUUACCGGAUGAAUUUUACUGUUUACGUCUGUUAGAAGCUACUGGGAUAUGUACUGUUCCAGGAUCGGGUUUUGGUCAAGUUGAUGGUACUUGGCAUGUAAGAACAACCUUUUUGGCGCCAGGUACAAAAUGGAUUAAAGAUUGGGAAACUUUCCAUAAAGAAUUUUAUGAUCAGUACCGUGAUUGA